CUCCGAAAGAAACAAGUGACGAAGCGAGAACGGGAGUGCCGGAAUUGAUCACCCGGACUGGCUGGGCUGUGUGACGGAGAAACUCAAAUCACCAGCUUUUUAGCCCGGAGGAGCCAAACAAGAACUAGAGGUAGUAGUUACGUCCUGGACGGCGUCAGCAAAGACCCUGAGUUCGGGUACAGCCACGAGACCAUAGAGGUACCUUAUCUCUUACACUAUCACAUUGCCUUUUUCGUCACGUACAACCUUUUUUUGCCCCUGUUCCUUCGCUUCAACGUUAUAGUCCUGCUCUGCCCCUCCGCAAUGAUCACCUCGCUUCCACGUAGGAAGAAACUAGCCUGGGACAGACGGGCGACAAACUACGAGCUAACGGCCCUCGCUGUCAUCACACCUUGACCUCUCUACCUCUACCUCUACCUCUAUUGUACCCCUCGUUACCUCCUUUCCUGGUGUUAGCUAAAGACCUGCCGCCCGUCAUCUAACGGGAAAGUGUUGGAACUUUGUUUGUCAUGUGUUGGUGUUGAGCCUGCCAACUUUUGGUUGUUCCUACCAGCUCUUACCAUUUACCUAUAUACUUGCUACCAAUACACCGCCUUUCAGCCAAAUAGACCUCGCCUUUUCCGUCUUUCGUCCAGUCCUGACCGACCUCUCGUUUAAGAGCCAGCCCCAGUGGUGAACACUUCUUACGCAAAAGCACCAGCAUCCUCCGUCAACUCCAGUCCAGUCUGAACAAACACCACUCAGUCUUUUGGCCGCCAAACCUGAACCAAGCCACACAGUAGGUAUCUCACCUACAACCAAGUUCCUUUUUCGGACACUGGCACACCAACAAGACUGCGCCGAGCAUUACAAGAACGACAACACCCAUACGCGCCAUUAGCCAAGAGGUGCAACACUGCCCACAAGCCUGCGCAACCCCAUACCUUACCUUGGCUGCCCCACCAAAGCAUACGUAAGGGACUCUAUUUGAGGCAGGGCCCGGCACUCUCAUACUACAUACCAAGUCUCGCCGCGCGGCAAGCAUAUCUACAUACAACGACUCGUACCGUAUAUAAUCCCGACAACAUCUCUCCUCUCUCAUUCUAAACAUCGAGAGCCUCAAACUGAUGAACGAGGGUUCUUGCAAUAGUGCCUACUAGUCGAACACAAUACCCCUUCCGGCAAGCAUGUCAUCGAAUUCCGCCGAAAUCGGCGAACUGUCACCACAGCAGCAGAACAAGGAAGCCCAGAGCAAUGGCAGCUCCGCCGUAGAGCCCAGCAAUGCUUUGCCCAGCGGUCUUCCUACCCGCUCAGCAGUCCCAGCUCCGCUUACAGCAAACAAAAGCCCGGCGGUUGAUGGACAACAGGAUGACCAGGCGCUGGUAUCUCCACGACAUAUGUUGACAGGAAAACAAGAACACUAUCUUAAGCGGGAACUCGUUUCGGAGCAGGUAAAAUGGGAGAUUUCGGAGCUGAACUCGCCAACCGCAUUGCGACGCUUUGGAGCCCCAUUCAAGUCCGACCUUGGGGAGAUUUCGCCGCUGGAUUCUGAGCUGCCGAUCCUACGGUACAUCUUCGUACACCAUGUUCGCGAGUUCCCUUUUCUCGACAAGGCGAAGGAGAAGGAGUUCUGGCAGGAUAAGUUGCAAGUGUUUCUCGAAUCCUUUGCGAGCAAGAACAUCUCAUCAUCGGAAGAUCGCCUCGAAGAAACGAAGCGCAGGAAGCUCGCGUUGAAAGCACAGAAGUUGGUCGAGUUGAUGAUGGUGUCAGGUGUUCGUACAUCUUCUGGGUUCGAGGAGAGGAUACGGUUCUCCGAGCUGGAAAUCGUGGACGCAAACGCAAUUGAUACUGGGGUUCUCUCUUCCAUGCCAGAGGGCAACUACUUGCACGGGUGGGAUGUCAACAUUGCCGGAGUUCGCAUAACCUCGAUUAAGCGAAAUAUCCGGUACCACAAGCAUGCUGAAUUUUUACUUCGGGUAAAACGAAAAGGAGAAAAGGAAUACUUCGUUGGAAGGCGGUACGGCGACUUCAGCAAACUUUAUAAGAAUCUUCGGCUCGAGUUGCCCGGCAAAGUCCUCCCCGUUCUUCCCAAGAAGAACAAGACGAGCACGACAGCAACGGGCCUUUUUGGUGGUGGGGACGACUCGGAGGUUUCGUCUAUAUCAUCUGUUUCUACACAGAUGGUCAACAAGGAUGCUCAACCGAACGGCGAGAGCGGGAGCACGGGCGGUGUCUCGAGGUUUCUUUCUGUGAGAGAGCAUCGCCGUACAGGCUCGUCGUCUUCUAGGCGGUCAUCUCCUCGUCGGUCUGUGGACGAUCACAGGUCGGAUAGCCCGAGAAAAGAAGAGAACGUAACGCUCUUCCGCGAGAGCCAAAGGAUAUCCCUCCGCGCCUUCCUGCGCACCCUACUACAAAACCCACAGAUUGCUCAUACAAAAGCCAUAUCAGACUUUUUGACCAAUAAUCCUACAACCCUCAAAGAUGAGGAUUUGGAGGACAUUGUCCGUCGAAAACAAAUGGAUGAGAAGAGGGUGGAGGAGCAGAAGAAGUUUUAUGAAAUCGCCCGGAAGCGGGCGGCGGAUCUGGAUGUUUAUAUGGAAAAGUUCCGACAAGAUAUCGUUGAACAUAACGGGUUGACCAAUCUGUUCAAGGAAAUCAAAGAGAAGGAAACGAUUCAGGAUCUUAGCAUCCAGUACCAGAAGUUUGCCGAGUGGCUGCGGAUAGAGGUCGCUGCCACGAUAUACCACCUGUUCCUCGCCGAAGACAACUCGCCUGAGCUGUUUGCCCAAGCGAAGAAGAUACAUUCUUUGAUUCCAUACACGAUUAUGAAGAACGUCAUUAGGAUCGCCAACCCCGCCGCCGUCAUGUCCAACGUUCUCGAUAUCUUCCUGGCUCAACCAUUCGGUACCAGGUCCUUGAUGCAACGCAUAUUCUCCCUGACCCUGAACGACGGCAUCAGGAGCGUUCAGAAAUCUAUAGACGCGCUCGCUGCCAAGAUCGGCGACCCCGUGUUCGUGGACAAGCUUAAGCAGUUUUCAGAUGGCGACGAGGCCCUAAAACUUGCGAUCAGGGAGGAGGCUGUCCAAGACGAUGUCGACAUAAUCGUUGCGAUCCUGCGAUCAGAGCAGAUCUAUCCGGCUCUCAAUGCUGACCAGGUUACGCGACUGUACAAUGCAUACGUGGCUUUCAACAGUGCGGUUGAGAACGUGGACGAGGAGCUCAAGCAGGGCGCCCAGCUCUUCUCGUAUCUCAAGCAGCUCAUGAAGCUCUAUCUCAGACAGAGGGACAAGUCUAUGAUGCUCAAUCUUAUUGAGGAACCUGUCACCCUGCAGCUGUUCAGGGAUCUGUUCACAAUCUUCUAUGAGCCGCUUGUCAGGGUGUACAAGUCGGCGAAUGUCUACAACAGCGUCACCGACUUUGCGGUGUUCGUCGAUGACCUAAUUCAGGUUGUUGAGAAAUGUCGGGAUCAGGAUGCGUCUGCGGAUCCUAACCAGACCGUGCAGGCGUUCAUCGAUUUGUGUCAACGCCACGAACAACACUUUUACAAGUUCGUCCACGAAGUUCACACGCAUGACAACGGCUUGUUUACUCAGCUGAUGGGCUGGAUUGAGGGCAUUCUUGAGUUCCUACGUCACGGACCCAAGAACGGCACGCUGGAUAUCAACGCGUUGUUCGAGGGGGCGGUGCAAAGCGGCGCAAUUGACCAUGAUAAGGCGAUAGACGAGAUCAACAAGCUGAUCGCGUGGCAGGAAGCCCGCAAAAAGUGGCACCAAGACAAGACUCGCCAGAAGAUGGCGGCAGAAGGAGGUGCCAUGGGUAUUGACGCGGUGCCUGGAGGGUUCAGCGCCAGCGACUUUGGCCUGGACCAGAUGGACCUGGAGGACAUGCAGUACGAAGACGAUCUGUCGGACUCGGAGGCGGAACAGGAGGUUCAGGAGGAGAUGGACCCCAUCGAUGCCGAGCGGAGAAGGAGGACCAAGAAGCAGGACCGUCUACGACGGAACGCCGGAGAGCCCACGAAGCCGGAGGUUUCGGAGGUCCACAAGCUUAAGGACGACUUUUUGGCAAAGCUGAGACAGGUACUUGCCCAGUAGUGCAGUGCAGUCUAGUCUAGUGUGAUCUGGUGUAGAGGGCUUGCGGGCGAGUCACAACUCUACAACGUAUGUUACUGAUAAGUCAAAUGACAAUAGAGUAAUGAUUAUCGCCAUCAUCCCAAAGACAAAGUAUGGUAUGGGGGUGUUUCGGGAUCAUGGAACUUCAGAGAGAAACUAAACACAAGUGAGGGUUCGCCGGCAUGAGCCGGACGAACCGAACAGGGAUGCCGGCGGAAUUUACGAUACAGAGCAAUACGUACACGGAUUUCUCGGGUAUAGCAUGACAUCACUGGCGAUAUGUUUGGAGCAAAGAUGAGGAAGGAGAGUAUGAUGCCUUAGUUGGUAGUAGUUUGAGUGGGGAAGAAUGCGAGUAGUAUAGCACCUAAUGUCCUGUAGUUCUUUUCAUAACGGUUCAAAUAAUGUUUGUAGUUUCUCGUUAUAAACCUAUUAUGUAUCGAUGU